CAGUUAGGGUGUGCCCAAGCACAACUCAGCCAAGAAUUCUAACUGGAACCCGACCAACCAACCCAACCAAUUAAAAUUCACCAAGCUUAGCUGGAUCUGGCUCGACCGAUUUAAAUUUAAAUGGGUCAGCCCCAGCUAACCCAACCCACCACGACUUAAUUGUACCUACAUGCGUGGGUCAGAUCUGGCACAGUUCUACCUAAGCUUGACCCAUUUACUUAAAUGUGAUCACAUUUCUGGUCAAGCCCAACUGUUACUCAUUUAGUUUUGCCUCAACCCACUUCAAAAGUCGGUCGGUCAAGUUGACCCAUGGGCUAACCUGACCCAUUGCCACCAUUGCAUUGAAAGGUUAAAGUGGGGACAUAUCACAUUCUAAUAUUACGUCUCAAUGUAUUCGAGCAAACCUCCUCAUGAGAUUCUUUUGCACUGUUAGCAGCAACUACUGCAGGGUACUGGACCACAUCUCAACCAUCAGUUGAGCCUGAGGAAAUCUCCAUUGCUACUCUGGUAGAAGAACAUCCCACAGAACUGCCCAAAAAGAUCAAAGAAACAUGCGAUGCCAUAUAUAUUGUUGUGGUCUUCCUCAAACACUUGAAGCAAUGGGCUGAAGAGGACAGAGAGAAAACAGACAAUAACGUCAUUUUGAAGCAUGGCCGUCACCUACUCUCAGAUAUGGCCCUGCUAGAUAACCAGCUCCUACUCGACCACGCCAUCAAUGUGAUCCAAAAUUUCGAUCAGGCAGUGAUGGAAACCUUAAAAUUCAUACCGAAAGACAGCAAGGGUUCAUCUCCUUCCACUGAUUAUUUGAAGCUUCCCUUCAACAGAGAGGACUUCCAUGAAGUGGUCUCUCUCUUUUGUUGGUAUUACUCCCCCUUCUACGCCGAGAAGAAGAAGUUCCACGGCCGCCUUGCCAAGGAAUUAAAUACCAAAAAUACCCUUCUUGAGUGCUUGCACUACUGCCUGGUGAAGCCCACCAAAGACGAUCAGGCGCUCUUGACCACCAAGGUAGCAAAGCCCAUUCCGACGGCCAAGGAGCUGGCCUGGUCUGGUGUGCGGUUCGAGGCGGACACAGAUGGAGCCAUUCAAGUCCAGUUCACCGAGCCCGUGUUCAAACUUCCUGCUCUGGUGUUCGAUACUAAGACGGAGACAGUGGUCAGCAAUCUGAUGGCGCUGGAGAACUCAAAGCAGCAGCAGCCGGUGACUCGGUACUUCCAGCUCAUGAACGAGCUGGUUGAUGACGUGGAGGAUGUUAGGGUGUUGAAGAGGUUUGGGGUUGUGAGGGGGAGGUGGAAGAGAGAGGGAGAUGUGGUGGAUUUUGUGAAGAAGGUGGGUAGCUUUGCAUCCCAUCCGUCCAUAUACCCAGCUGUGGAAGAUGAAAUUGGUAGGAUGAGGAAGUGGCAUGAUGAGAGUUCGGGAAAGUUCUUGGUCAGAUAUGGGUGGGCUUUGAGGUGGGCAUCUGUAGUCGCUGCCUCUAUUGUUGCAACGGCAAUAUUUGCCGCCAAAAGAAGGGGUUGAAUUCUG